UGCCCAUUUCUGGGUUUUAGUUGGUACUCUAUCUGAGAGAUUGUUGAAGAAGCUCCUUCUCUCUUUUGAUCGGUGAGAGGGUUAUUCUCUUCGAGUUCCGGUAAACGAAGUAAUCAUAAACACGGAGUAGUCCUCAACUAUGGAAGUCCCUAAUAAUCUUCAGAUUGAUAAAAAAUUUCUUGCUUCCCCCAUAAAAAAAGCUGUAGACAAAUUCCAACUUCUUCCUGAAUUUCUUAAGGUUAGGGGAUUGGUGAAACAACAUUUGGAUUCGUACAACUAUUUUGUAAAUACUGAAAUCAAGAAAAUUAUCCGUGCUAACUCUCUUAUUCAAUCUAGCAUCGAUCCUGAAACUUACAUUAGGUACACUAAUGUUAAAAUAGGAGACCCCUCGAUUGAAAUAGAUCAUUCUGUUGAUAACCUCACACCUCACAGAUGCCGCCUAUCAGACACAACGUAUGCAGCUCCUAUACUAGUGGAUAUAACGUACACCAAAGGACUGAAAGAAAGGAGAGAAAUAAAGCAAAAGGUAAAUGUUAUUAUCGGACGAAUGCCUGUCAUGCUACGUAGUUGCCGUUGUGUUUUGACUGGAAAGGAUGAAGCGGAACUUGCCAGGCUGGGUGAGUGUCCCCUCGACCCCGGAGGCUAUUUUAUUGUUAAAGGAACAGAGAAGGUCAUCUUAAUACAAGAGCAACUUUCAAAGAACAGAAUAAUCAUAGAGACCGACAAGAAAGGACAUUUAGUCGCAUCUGUAACCAGCAGCACAGAGGCGACAAAGAGCAAGACAGUUAUUCUCAUGGACAAAGAGAAGAUUUUCUUACAACUGAAUGCUUUUCCUAAGCCGGUUCCUAUCAUGGUGGUCAUGAAGGCUAUGGGAAUUGAGAGUGAUCAAGAGGUAGUGCAGAUGGUUGGAAGAGACCCUCGAUAUGCAGCUUUACUUCUUCCGUCGAUUCAGGAAUGUGCAACAGAGAAUAUAUUUAAUCAACAACAGGCUCUGGAGUAUCUUGAUAAUAAGGUCAAGAAGUUCGCAUUUUCGAAUGUGAAUCAGGAAGGAAGAGCUCUGAGUAUUCUGCGUGAUGUUUUUCUUGCUAAUGUUCCUGUUCGUGAACAGAGCUUCCGUCCAAAAUGUAUAUAUGCUGCUGUAAUGUUGAGACGCAUGAUGGAUGCGAUUUUGAAUAAGGAUGCUAUAGAUGACAAGGAUUAUGUGGGGAACAAGCGGUUGGAGUUAUCUGGACAAUUGAUAUCUCUGCUUUUUGAGGAUUUAUUUAAGACAAUGAAUGGUGAAGUGAAGAAGCAAAUGGAUUUGGCUUUAACGAAAAAUCUGGCAAGGAGCUUUGACAACUCAAAUUAUUUAACGAGAGAUAGUAUCACCCAGGGCUUGGAAAGGGCCCUUUCUACUGGUAAUUGGGAUUUAAAACGGUUCAAAAUGCACAGGAAGGGAAUGACACAGGUUCUGGCUCGGCUUUCCUUUAUCGCAAGUGUGGGACAUAUGACGAAAGUUUCACCACAAUUUGAGAAGUCAAGAAAAGUAAGUGGACCAAGGGCGUUGCAACCGAGCCAGUGGGGUAUGCUUUGCCCAUGUGAUACUCCUGAAGGGGAAGCUUGUGGGCUGGUUAAAAAUUUGGCCCUGAUGACUCAUGUUACAACAGAUGAAGAGGAAGGUCCAUUGAUUUCGCUGUGUCACAGUUUGGGUGUGGAAGGUUUAGAACUGUUGUCCGCUGAAGAGCUUCACACGCCAAACUCAUUUUUGGUCAUUUUUAAUGGGCUUAUCCUUGGCAAGCACAGGCAACCACAGCGUUUUGCAAGGAACAUGAGAAAGUUGCGGAGAGCAGGAAAGAUUGGGGAGUUUGUCAGUGUAUAUGUGAAUGAUAAGCAGCGUUGUGUUUACAUUGCCUCGGAUGGAGGCCGCGUAUGUCGUCCGCUUGUCAUUGCUGACAAGGGAAUAUCCAGGAUUAAAGAACACCAUAUGCAGGAGAUGCGAGAUGGAGUGCGCACCUUUAACGACUUCCUACGCGAAGGACUAAUCGAAUAUCUUGACGUUAAUGAGCAGAACAACGCAUUGAUUGCUUUAUAUGAAGGGGAACCAAAAGAAGAUAUCACUCAUAUAGAAAUUGAACCUUUCACGAUCUUGGGUGUUUGUGCUGGGCUAAUUCCAUUUCCUCACCACAAUCAGUCACCAAGAAAUACAUAUCAGUGUGCAAUGGGAAAACAAGCAAUGGGCAAUAUUGCCUAUAACCAACUGUCUCGAAUGGAUUCACUACUUUACCUUUUAGUGUAUCCUCAAAGACCUCUACUGACGACGAGAACAAUUGAACUGGUUGGUUAUGAUAAAUUAGGAGCUGGCCAGAAUGCAACAGUUGCUGUAAUGAGUUAUAGCGGUUAUGAUAUUGAAGAUGCUAUAGUUAUGAACAAAUCAUCUCUUGAUCGCGGCUUUGGCCGUUGCAUUGUACUGAAAAAGAGUGUUGCAAUAUUGCAGAAGUAUGGUAAUAACACACAAGAUAGGAUACGUAGGCCUGACAGAAAGGGUGUUGACCAUCAUAAGAUGAAGGUAUUAGAUGAGGAUGGGAUUGCAGCUCCGGGGGAAAUAAUUAGGCCUUAUGACAUCUAUGUCAAUAAAGAAGUCCCAAUGAAUACCAAGGAUAAUUCACAAAAUAUUCAAUUCAAGCCUAGCUAUCAGACGUACAAAGGGGCUAAAGGUGAGACAGCAGUAAUCGAUAGAGUUGCACUCUCUUCAGAUGUUAACAAUAAUUUAUGCAUCAAAUUCCAAAUUCGUCAUACCCGUAGACCGGAGGUGGGUGACAAAUUUAGCAGUAGACAUGGGCAGAAAGGUGUUUGUGGCACCAUAGUUCAGCAGGAGGAUUUCCCGUUUUCUGAACGUGGUAUUUGCCCUGACUUAAUUAUGAAUCCUCAUGGAUUUCCAAGUCGAAUGACAAUUGGAAAAAUGAUUGAGCUUCUUGGUGGCAAGGCCGGGGUAUCAUGUGGUAGAUUUCACUAUGGCAGUGCCUUUGGGGAACCAAGUGGCCACGCAGACACAGUUGAAGCCAUAAGUAAAACACUUGUGGAGAAGGGCUUUAGCUACAAUGGCAAAGAUUUCCUCUACUCAGGUAUCACUGGGUCUCCUCUACAGGCAUAUAUAUUCAUGGGACCAAUAUACUACCAGAAGCUGAAGCACAUGGUACUAGAUAAGAUGCAUGCACGUGGUAGAGGACCUCGUGUCAUGCUCACUAGGCAACCUACUGAAGGGAGAAGUCGUGAUGGAGGGUUGCGACUAGGAGAAAUGGAACGUGAUUGCUUGAUUGCAUAUGGUGCUAGUAUGCUGAUUUAUGAACGCUUAAUGAUCUCUAGUGAUCCGUUUGAGGUUCAGGUUUGCCGGGUAUGCGGUUUGUUAGGUUAUUACAACCACAAGCUCAAAACUGGUAUUUGUUCUUCUUGCAAAAACGGUGAAAAUAUCUCGAAGAUGAAACUACCAUAUGCUUGCAAACUCUUAUUCCAAGAACUUCAAUCAAUGAAUAUCGUUCCCCGGUUGAAGCUUACUGAGGCCUGAUAAACGAGGUGGAGUAGGACAGGACCAUCUGUCAGACACGGGUCAUGAGGUGGCAGUUACCCAUACUUUCCAGCUUCCCUUUUUAAAUAUUAUUUCGGACUUCAUUUGCUCCAAUAUUGUUACAUGAAGUGACACUGCGCUGCUGCUACUACAUGAGUUUCAAAUUUCAAAUCAGUGGUGUCCAUAAGGCGGAAGAUCUUCUCCGACAUCAGCCACAUACAGCAUACUUCGCGAGUUCUAAGGAGGGGUAUAAGAAAGAAGCCUAUUAUUGAGGCCUCACAUUCCAUUAGAGGGGCGUCACCUAAUAGGACAAAAACGGGUCACCCAUAAGUAAUAUCAAAAACCCCUUAUCUCAAAUAAUUUUGUAAUGACUAAACAACCCUUAUUUAGUUAAUUUUA